GUCGAGUGGCAUCGUUUUCGUAUGUCUCAGUUGUUCCUUUUGUCUUAGUCUUUACGUGGUUGUUCCUGUUGUCGUUACUACAGUACGCUAGUUGUGCAAAUCAUAUGUUUUUACCUUACUGUUAUUCCUUCGCUUUUCAUCACGCAUCUAGUGUGCCUUUCUAGUAUUUUUCGUGUUUGUGGCCCUUUGUAAGUAGUUGUCUUGUGUUCGUGCAAUUAUAGAAUUGUCGUCGUUGUUGCUAAGAUGAAGUCGUAUUCAUCGGUGUUAUUGCAUUUAGUACUGAUGGUGUGUUCGAUAUGGUAUCUGCCCUCUGAAGCGUACGAGUACAACAUUCAAAUUACGCAUGGCCCGCCGGCCCCAAACGGCGACAGCCCGUACGAUACGCAAGCAAGGAGCAGUGUGCACGUGCGCGGACCUCAGUCGCAGACGUCGGCGACCGCUUCAGUUGCAACUUCGGAGGCUACUGCUCCAGAAUUCAAAGAUGAGCAGGCCUAUGCCUCCGAAGGAUACCAUGGAUACAGUACAACAGACAAGAAUAGCGCACCACAGUACGCUGUUUCCCAGCCUGAUAGCAAAUACAGAUACACUGUCGAGGGACAAAAUGAGGAACCUCAAACAGAGAUCCGCUAUGUAAACCAGGAGGAAGCCGCAAAGUACCAUGGGUACCAGUCAGGUCCCGAACAGGAACAGAGCAUCAAAUAUGUACCUACCGAUGAGGCUCACAAAUACCAACAACCAACGCCAGCAGCAUACCAACAUGUUGCGCCUCAAAGGAAAUAUCAGGGAUACCGUCAAGAAUUUGAAGCACAAAAGUAUCAGACAUACCAACCUGUCCCCCAAGCGGAAAAAUACCAGUCAUAUCCGCCUUCGUCAGUUACUGAAAAAUACCAAACGUAUGAGGCGCCUCAAUCCAACAAAUAUCAGACAUACCAAACUGCUCCCCAGGCAUAUCAGGCUGUCCAGGCUCAGCCAGAAAAAUAUCAGUCCUACGAAACACAGCCAAAUGCCGAAAAAUACAGAGGCUACCCGCAGAGCGCCAUUCAAAAGUACCCGACUAGUGCGGAUGCCGAGCAGAAAAUUCAGUAUGUCACCCCUGACCAGCAAACGCAGUACGCACCUGCCCAACAGGAAGAGCAACAAGUUCAGUACGUGCCCCAAUUCGAGACGCAGACAGGACACAGCCAGGCCGGUCCUGCUGCUCCAGCUAAGCAUCGGUAUGGUCAAGCCGGUGCUUAUGAAAAGCAGAGCACGGGCUACGCGCAGCCUGGCGCCUACCAUUAUGCAGCACCCGAAGCGAAAUACCAGACGGCUGCUGGUGCUGCUGCUAAGUUUAAUUAUCCCGCAUCUGCAAACGUGCAGUACGUAACCCAGCCACAAUACGCGAAAGCACCUGCCCAUGUCGCUGAGAAAUAUACGAGUUCGCCCUAUACAGUUCCCGGUCAAAAGGUGAAGUUCGAAUUUUCUGCUGCAACCAGUUACGUGCAGAAUGGGGAGUAUUUGAAGUCUCCCAAGGCUCAUGGCGUAGCUCAAUCAGCCAGCGUGACCCAGCCGGUGGCUCACAAAUACGUUCCUUCGGCUCAUCCUGACCUCGCCCAGGUGGCUGCCCAUGGUGCGUCGGCGUACGGACACGCUUAUGCUGGAAACGCAGCUCCUGGGUUUGCCUCCGAGGGUUACCCUCACCCAGACUAUGCCCAUCCGGCACCCGCGCCUGCAGGACAAGCGGCCGUGCACGCGGUCUACGCUGAGCCUCAGGUUCACGCGGUCCCCUCCACAGCACUACAAGCAUACCAUGUUCCUCACCCAGCAGGCCCUCACGUAACAGCCCAAGCUGCGCCUGUGCACAAAACCACCUCCCAGCAUUCGUUCCCUGAGCAUCUUGCCCGUGGUAUCGCUCGAAACAGCCCCUCGCUGACCGCGCAUGACCACAAGGUGUACAACUUCUAUGAUGAAAAGAAGUCUGCCGCAAAGAAGUCGUCGAAGAAGAAGUCUAGCUAAAUUAUUUGUAUUCUCAAUUUGUCUCCGUAAAUGCCUAAACACGUAGAGCUGUAUACUAGUAGUUGAAAUAAAAACAGCGGUAAUGCUUCAUCGUGUUAAAACCACAUUGUCCUCAGCGGAAGCAUAAGUAAAACAGCCAAUCAUGUCGAAACAAUAUCAUAUAGACCUGAACGAGCGGCACUUAACACAUACUCCGCUCGGCAUUGCCAACACGUCAAAUGUUUGCCCUCCUCAUCACGCCAACAAAGUGAUUUCGGCAAUGAGUAGACUCAAGUGGAAGUAAUUAUUAUGAUAUUUAAACAGUCCUGUCUUUUGUUCGUUGAUGUAGAGGUGGCUGUAGCAAACGAGACAGUCUCGAUUCAGGCGGCAAAUAAUUAGAAGCCGUUUGAAACCCAGAAAAAUUACGAGUCUACGAAGGUUGAACGGCUAUCAUCAAAAAGCGCUAUUCGUUGUCAUCGGCCAAUUCGUUGAUGCUAUCGCUGUUAAUUUCCUAUGCCGUUGCAAAAAUUUUUGAUUAUUUUUUUCGCUACAGUAUAUCCCUAAUAAUGUUAUGUUAUAUAAUGUUUUCGAUGAUAUGUAUGUAUAUAUUAAUAUGUCUAAUGUUUGCCAAAGUUCCUCAGGGAGGCCGUACAGAUAUUGUUGACUAGAUUGUCCCGUUAUAAUUAUCUGUGAUCGCAUUUCACUUCAGACUUUCACAGUCGUCACCACGUAUAGCAAAAAUAAA